AUGAUAUGGCGAGCGUGUCUUUUGUCUGAGGCAGUUGAAUGCUGCGAGAGCCGUCCAGGAGAACUUCACCUUGCCCCGAUCAGUUCAAGUCCUGGGGACUUUAAUGGACGUACUGCGGUUGUGUACUUUUCACCUCAACGAGAAACCGCCGAUCGGUAUGCAAUGUACAAGAAGCAUAGAUUCUCAAUCGCCGAGCUUGCAAUAUUACAAGUUGCGGUGCCAGACAGUCUCCUGCAGAGCUUGUCGGUUAGCUAUCUGUGGGCUGAUGGGGCUGAGAGUGACUCGUGGAAGAAGGUGAUUUGGAAUUGCAGACGUGCUGACCGGUUACCAAAGGAUCUGCGCUAUAUGGGAAAUAAAGACCUCUGGAUAGGGCAUAUUGCCAAGUCCACGAAUGUCAACUUUGCAACGAUGGAGAGCUACACUCAAAUCCAGUCCUCAGAUGUUCUGGUCAUUCAGAUUGACGAUGAGUGGCGGAACGCUAUCCAAUGGGUAUUUUACAGUGACCCGGCCGAAGAACUCUUUGCGCAGUGCUGCAAAGGAAAGACAUGUAUCCAUUCUAUUGGAAAACUGGUCGAAGCUUUCAAAGAGUAG